UUGAACUUCUAGGUUUUGUUACCAGAUUUGAACUCCUCUCUCAUUCAUCUUGUUAUCACUAUUUCCUCCUCUUUUACAGAUAGAUAAGGUUGCUCUUAAGGUUUUAUUAUUAUCAUUAUUAUUCAAAGAUAUUCAAUAUAUUGACCGAUUAUAUUAGAGGUUCAUCGUAAAAAGACAUGCUCAUCACUUCUCCUUCUUCCUCCUCCUCCUCCUCCUGCCAGCUUCUUCUUCUUCCAUUGAGCCAUUUGUUCAGAGCUCCUGUUUUCUUUUUCCUUGACUCAAGCAAUCUCAUGCUCUUGUCCUCCUUUAGAUUGAUUUCUCUUGUAGCUCCUCGAUCCAAAGGCUAACUUUAUAUCUAUAUAUAUAUAUAUACAUCCUUCUUGUUUUUAGCUUCUUUGAUCUCAAUUGAAUUGAAGAUAUGGGUUUGAGUUCUAAGCAGGUAAUUUCUAGAAGUGGGAUUGACUGGAACCAGACGUUGCUGCAAGAUCAGAAGUUGGAGCUUCCAAAGCCUCCAUUGAUGAGGAAACUGCAACAGCAGCAGCAGCAGAUGCAACAACAACAACAGAGACAACAAUCUCAGCAAUCAUCGGAGCCAUUGAAGUGUCCGAGGUGUGAUUCGACGAACACCAAGUUCUGUUACUACAACAACUACAACAAGUCUCAGCCUCGCCAUUUCUGCAGAACCUGCAAGAGGCACUGGACUAAAGGUGGCACCUUGCGCAAUGUCCCCGUCGGUGGCGGCAGGAAAAACAAACGGCUCAAGAAAUCAUCCAACCCCAUCUCUUCCUCCGCGGCCGCCGCCGCCUCCACAACCUCCGGUAGUGGUGGGUUGAAUACCCACAUGACAAUUCAGAGUUCCCUGCAAAGGCCGAGUAAUAAUCUUCCUCUUCCUCCGUCCUCUGCUUCUCUCUUUCAGUCUCUGAUUCAUCCUCCUCCAACUCCAUCCUUACUGCCUCAUCCGAAUCUGAUGAGCCCAAGAGACUCACAGAGUAAAGAUUUUGGAAUCAGUAAUUGUACGAGCAGCUUCUUGAGUUCGAGUCUGCAGCCUCUUGUUACUCAAAAUCAGAGCUUUAUUUUCCCUUUCUCGAGCUCGAGCUCAUUUGAGACUAAGCCAUCAUGUUCUGUUUCAACCUCUCUGAGAUCCUCCAAUGUCUACAGUAAUACUAAUAACUACGGCGGAGAGUUGAAGACAAUGGAGGAGCCAACCCCAAAACAGACACAGCCAUGGGAGAUACCUUCGACAAGCGUAGGCAAUACGGAAAUGUCAAGCUAUUGGACUUGGGAGGACCUCGAUUCCUUGGUCUCAACUGAUCUCAAUGUUCCCUGGGAUGAUUCUGAUUUAAAACCCUGAGAGAGAGGAAGAAGUAACCCCAAAAAAAAAAAAAUUGACACACAUAUAUAUAAUAUAAAUAUAUAUAUACACGUUGUAGUGUUGAUAGAUUUUGUUUAUUGGGGGUGUUUGUGUUGCUGGUUUUCAGAUGGAGAGUUCUAUGAAAUUGCAGCAUUUGGAGCUGUCCAUUUUUUCAGUUUCAGCUUCAUCAAGCAAAAAGGGGUUUGAGUUUUAAUUCCUUGUAUUGUAACCACUCUGAUCAUUGCCUCUUAUUCUAAUGAAUUAAUUAAUUAAAUUAAUUAAUCUCUCUCUCUCUCUCUCCCCAUUUACGAUCUAAUAUUAAAAUGAUGAUUUUGAAUGUACGCAAACGUAAGUAGCACAGGAAUCUGAAUUCAAAAACUCUGAUCUGAGUGCUUUGUGACAGUGAUGGCCAUAGAAGAAUGAGAGGAAAGAUUCCACAUGGAGAGAUCAGAAGCAUGAACAAUAAAUAUUAUUUUUGUGGUGGUAUAAAUGUUUGGAUCUAUAUUUGUAUUUAUUUAUUGACACGGAAUAUUGGUGGAGCAAUACACACACACAAUAUGGAUUUGAUUGGUGAUGAUUCAUGAUCAUCACCAAUUGUGGAGAAUCAUUCUCUGAGUUGCUUGGCCUAAAACAAGUGUUAUAUAUACGUUGAUACUGAUAUUCUGUUGUGAUGAUA